AUAAAAACCAAACAUAAUAUCAUCUGUUAAAAAUUCUUUGUGUUGACUGUUUUCUUUUAUUUAAUGCGUCACUAUUAAGUUUUCUUUUGUUAUAAAGAGAAAUUUUUAUUUAUUUAAUUUUAAAAUUAUACUUAAAUAAUUAAAUAAAACGAAAGUAAAUUAAAGUUUGAAAUAAAACUGCCAAUUAUAAAAAAAAUACAAAACGCUGGCUUAAAAAAAUAAUAAAGAUUGUGCAAUAUAAACAUUUCCAACAAUUUUGAAACCACAAUAACAACAAAGGGGAAUUCCAUGGAUCUUAAUUUAGUAAACACAACAACAGCGAUAGUAAACACAAAUCAAGAAAAUAAUCAAUUAUUGUUAAAUGCCAUUAAAAACAAAUUUGCAGCCCAAACGGCUCAAGAGGCUGCCGCCUUUAGUCCGCCCAAAUUUAAUAUUCCUUUACUAAAGAUACCAUCUAACGCUAGUACGGAAAAUACAAAUACUAACGGCAGCUGUAGCAAUACUCCUCCCAAUAGCCAACUCAAUCAAUUUUUAUUAAAACAAUUACAAGAAAAACAUACAAACAAUGUUAAAGAUAAGGAAUCAACAGGAUUUGUUUUGCCACAACUGCAAUUCAAUAAUAAUAGUGAUAAGUCUGGCUUGAAGUUUGAACUGCCGCUAUUAACACAAGCCACUGCAGUUAAUACUCCCAAAGAUAACAAAAUCAGCAGUUUAACUAGUGCCAUCAACAAAUUGCAAGUCCAAGACUUGCCAAAAACAGAGGGAUCCCAGCUAACGUCGUCUCUACCCCACAACUCUAACAUUGAUCUAACCACAGCUUUGUCCUCUAAAAAGCAGUCACACCAAGGCACUCCCCCCACCAGAGAUUUUCAUAAAUCCUCUACAAAAUCGAAUGCUGAAGAUUUAGAUUUUGUUAUACCCUUUAUAGACUGUGAUCGUUUGGAUAAUUCUAGAAAACAUGACCUGCUCUUACCCCUGUCCAAUGAAUAUUGCAUUACCGACAUUUCACAAUUGCUGCUAAAACACUCUCUCGUAGAACCCUCUGUCAUUGGUCGAUUCUUAUGUUUAGCUGAUGAUAAGUACUCGCCUCCUGCCCCCUUACAGUGUUUAAGUCAGGAAUAUCGCCAGCAGCCAGUUAAACAUUAUAUUGCUCCAUUUCGUUUUGAAACUAAGUCACCGGAUGAUAUGGUCAUGGAAGCUUUAAAUAAGUAUCAAAGGCGUCAUUAUAAUUGAAGUUCCCAGAGCAAGGAGAAUCAUUAAUUAAUUGACAAUUUUUUUUGGCCAAUACUUUUGUUUGCGCCACAAAAAUGAGAAUUUCAAAAUUUUGGUAAAGAUUUCCUUGAUGGUUUUGCAGACAAGUGAGGAAAUGCUUUAAACAAAAAGUUUAGUCUUUUUAAGUUAAAUUAAUAAAAAAAAAUAAAGUAAUAAAUUCAAAAAA